UAUUUAUGUCGUUCCCUAUCUGUUCACACAUGCGAUGCACCUAGCUACUGGAUAAAAUUAAAACCCUGUAUUAGCUAUUUACGCGCAGCUAGCUAUAUUUAGCUAACUUAUUAUUGGGUCUGUAUUAAACUUCAGUAUACAAGCUUGGGCUUGAAAGAACCGCCUUCUCCUUGCCCUGCAAAAACUCCCAUUCAAAUUCUUCACGAAUAUGGCACAAAGAUGGGAAACUUACCCGUGUAUAUCAUGGAAAAGGCUGAAGGAGUAGUCCACAACCCUAGUUUCGUUUUCAGCGUCAAAAUAGGAGAUGUUACCUGCACAGGUCAGGGGCCAAGUAAAAAAGCGGCAAAGCAUCAGGCCGCUGAAGCCGCCCUGAACAUUUUAAAAAUUGAGCCUGGACCGAACCCCAUCCCAAAGAAUGAAGAUAAUGGCGUUGCAGUGGAGUCACACAAUCAAAAUAAUCCUAUAGGUGUUCUACAGGAACUGGCACUGCAGCGGGGGUGGCGUCUCCCUGAAUACUCGGUCUGCAUGGAAGCAGGCCCACCUCACAAGAGAGAGUUCACCAUCACCUGCCGAAUGGAGGCCUUGUCAGAAACUGGAACAGGAAAUUCCAAGAAGUCUGCCAAGCGGGACGCUGCAGAGAAAAUGGCAGCAAAGAUCCAAGCGCUGUCUGGCUGUCCCGAUAUGCCGUGGACACCGAGGCCUACUGUGAGGCUGGAAUGUUUGCAAACAUCUUCAGGAGAGAACAUUUCAAUGCUGAGAAGGAAUCCCCUCAGCAUUCCAAACACAGACUAUGUGCAGAUGAUUCUGGAGCUAUCCAAGGAGCAGGGCUUUGAAGUCACUUACUUCGACAUUGAUGAGCUGACGGUGAACGGGCAGUACCAGUGCCUGGCAGAACUGUCCACCAUACCGGUCACCGUGUGCCACGGCACUGGCAUCUCCUGCGGCAACGCGCACAACGACGCGGCGCACAGCGCUCUCCAGUACAUCAAGAUCAUGGCGUCCAUCAAGUGAACCCGCGGGAGAACCGCGCGCUUCACAAAGCGCUCAUCCACGCUUUCGCCGACUCGCAGACAGGGUCGAGGAAAUCCUGCUGAGACAAAAAGGAAAAAAUAAGGUAUAGUUUCAACAGGGUCAGUUUUCUGGAAAAAAAAGUUGACUGAAUAGUGAUUAAGUGUACUAUUUCUUAAAUUAUGCUUAUUACAGUAAGUUAUUGGACAAUGUCAGUAAGGAGAUGAAAAUGAACCCAGAGUAACAUAGAGGGAAAUUUCUAAUUCUCUCCUGGUUUUACCUUUUUCAGUGACAUGCCCUUUUAUUGUGCUAGUGUGGUGUGUUCUUAGCCAUUGUUUUCACAUCCAGUGUACAGUAACUAGCCUUCACUGUCACAUACCAGAAUUCUUUCAGUAUUUUUUCACGUUGCAGUUUGGAAAAUUUUAAUAGGCCGGCAUAUUAUGGUUGAGAUGUAAUUUUAUUAUGAAAUUUUGUUUUCUGGUUGUUAGAGGAUUACUGAUGAGCUAUACAGGAAGAGGGCAGGCAUUAGGCAGCUUGAGUGUUGGAUGAUGCAUUUCUUUUCAAAAAAUGAAAACAUUACAUGCCUUGGCCAUGAGGAGACAAAUAAUUAAUAAAAAAAAGACAGGAAUAAAUGUCAUAGUUCAUAAGCCGAACCAAAUUUGUGGUUCCAUCUUCCGUUUCACAAGUACUGGGGAAUGGCAUAUGCAGAAGAGUUUAAGUUUUAGAAGUGCUGGAAUUCUGGGUUUUGCUCAGACUUUACAUACUUGGAGCAGUAGGAAUAUCUGCUUUAUCUGUAGAAAUGAGUGAUGAUUCUUUUCAUUUCCAAAUCUUGUGUGGCAUUAUGUCAAUGUCAUUUGCGCUUAUCAAAAUGUAUGUAAUAUCAAACAGUUCUUAGAGUAAUCUGCACCAUAUUAAAUAAAGGGAAAUUGUAUAAUUAUAUAUAAUUGAUUCACUGCACUGCGGAGUGCUGCAGUGCUUCACUUUUUCCUUGUUUUUAACUUAUAAAAACCUAUUUGUCAUGACAGAUAAAUAGGAAGUUGCAAUAAAAUAUGAAAAUUA